AUGUCCGAGUCACGCUCUUUCUUACAGCAAUCUCUCGGCAGCCUUCGACCCGAGUUAUCUGGUCCUACACAAGCACACAUGACUAUUCCUAUCGGCCUAGUGCGAACCGUUCGUCAAUCUUUCGAGGGUGUUAUCUCAGCACAUCGCGCUGAGCCGGACACAGUCUACAUUGAUCGCGCUCUGCGGAACGUGACCAAACUCCUCCAGCAGAACCGUGAAUAUGCAGAACAACUACGACUCGCCGAGGACGCAACACUCUUCAGCCUACCCGAACAUCUCGUUCAUUUCUUGCGAGAUCAUGAUAAUUUGUACCGCGUCGGUAUUCGUAACCGUCUAGUCGCCAGCAUGGCUAUCCGUUCCUUGCAUAUGGAUGUGCUUGUGAAAGUAGUGUACCGUCUUCGAAACAUACGAACCUUCUACUACAUCAACUUUGCCGAAACAACCGGCUCAGUGGCUGAACACAUUCGCCUGAAGCACCAUCCUGUUCUACAGAAAGAAUUCAGCGAGUGCACUGCUUCACUACAGGAUGAAGUGAUCAACCAACUCACCCACGCCCAUCACCUCCUCCCGAGCCCAGCUAAGGACACGGAGCUUGAGAACAUCGGCCCAGACCACAACGUAUCCGACCAUGGUCAGGAAGUGUCACCAUCACCAACACACACUCAUCCAGACGCCCGCGACCACUCCAAACGCUGCUGCAUCUGCCUCGAGCCCUACACCAACACCAUCAUACACCGCGCCUUCCGCAUCACCGCCUGCAACCACGUAAUCGGCAAACCCUGCCUCGCGCACUGGCUCAACAGCACAACCCGUAACGCGAAUCGAUGUCCCCACUGCCGCACUCCCCUAUUUGAGCGCCGCGCCCGUCAGCCCGUGGGCAUGACACCCGCAGCGCUUGCCCAACAGCGCACCCUCGCCGAUCGAGUGUCGCGUACCAUUGCCGUGAUACGGGACGUUGAGAAGCUUCAGAUGGAGCUGUUUGGGUCUGUUGUCGCCAACGCGUACAUCACCGAGACAAUGGAUGAGCUGAAUUAUCGGCUUUUUCAGACCGAUGUCGAGUUUUGCGUGGUUCGUAGGGGCGCAGAGUGGGUCGCUGGGAGGUUCACCUGGCAUUGA